GGUGGGGUCCGAUGCGGGCGCUGCCGCUGCUGCUGGUCCUGGGCCUGGGGUCGGGGCGGCUCAGGGCGGCCAGUCUGAGUCUGCCCCCGACCCCCGGGACCCCCGGGACCCCGGGACCCCCGCCCGGGACCCCCGGACCCCCGCCCGGCUCCGGCGGACGCGGAGGAGGAGAAGGAGGUGGAGGAGGAGGGGGGCACCCCGGCGUCUGCCCCAACCAGCUGAACCCCAACCUGUGGGUGGACGCGCAGAGCACCUGCGAGCGGGACUGCCGCCGGGACACCGACUGCGAGGACUCGGAGAAGUGCUGCACCAACGUGUGCGGGCUGCGGAGCUGCGUGGCCGCCCGCUUCGCCGAGGGCGGCCCGGCGGGACGGCCGGCCCCGGCCCCGGCCCCGGCCCCCGCCGCCUCGUGCGACGGCCUGGCCUGCCCGCAGCAGGGCUCCGACUGCGACGUCUGGGACGGGCAGCCCGUGUGCCGCUGCCGGGACCGCUGCGAGAAGGAGCCCGACUUCACCUGUGCGUCGGACGGCCUCACCUACUACAACCGCUGCUACCUGGACGCCGAGGCCUGCCUGCGGGGCCUCCGCCUGGCCGUCGUGCCCUGCAAGCACGUCUCCUCGUGGCCGCCCAGCAGCCCCGGCCCCCCCGGGACCUCGGCCGCCCCGCCGCCGCCGGCGGCCCCCACCCCCGGGGCCGCCCCUGACGCGCCGGUGCCCCCCGUGCUCUACAGCAACCCGGCCCACCGGUCGGUGCCGGCGGGCGGCACGGUCAGCUUCCACUGUGACGUGAGCGGGCGGCCGCCGCCGGACAUCACCUGGGAGAAGCAGGGCGACCAGCGGGAGCGCUCGGUCAUGCGGCCGGACCGGAUGUACGGCAACGUGGUGGUCACCAACAUCGGCCAGCUGGUGGUGUACGACGCCCGGCCCGAGGACGCGGGGCUGUACACCUGCACGGCCCGCAACGCCGCCGGCCUCCUGCGGGCUGACUUCCCGCUGUCCGUCAUCCAGCGGCGGGAGCGGGAGCCGGAGAAGGAGGAGGAGGACGCGGUGGACGAGGAGAAGGAGGAGAAGGAGGGGCCGCCGCCCCCACCGCCGACCUCCGCCCGGGCCCGUGGCCCCCCGCCCCCCGAGUGCCUCCGGGAGCCCGAGCGGCGGCCCUGCCCGGGCCCGGCCCGGGUCCGCUGGCGCUUCGACGCCCGCCGGGGCGCCUGCGCCACCUUCCUCGACGACGGCGCCUGCGGCGUCGCCCGGGGCAACCGCUUCGAGACCUACGAGGCCUGCCAGAGGGCCUGCGUCCGGGGGCCCGGGGCCACCUGCACCCUGCCGGCCGUGCAGGGCCCCUGCCAGCGCUGGGAGCCGCGCUGGGCCUACAGCCCGCUGCUCCGCCGGUGCCACUCCUUCGUCUACGGCGGCUGCGAGGGCAACGGCAACAACUUUGAGAGCCGCGAGCGCUGCGAGGAUGCCUGCCCCUUCCCGCGGGCGCCGCCCUGCAAGGCCUGCCGGCUGCGCAGCAAGAUGGCUCCCAGCCUGUGCCGCAGCGACUUCGCCAUCGUGGGCCGGCUGACCGAGGUCAUCGAGGAGCCCGACUCCGGCCUCGCCCGCUUCGCCCUGGACGACGUGCUCAAGGACGACAAGAUGGGGCUCAAGUUCUUCGACGUCAAGUACCUGGAGGUGACGCUGACGGGCAUGGACUGGGGCUGCCCCUGCCCCAACAUGACGGCCGGGGACGGGCCGCUGGUCAUCAUGGGCGAGGUGCGGGACGGCGUGGCCGUGCUCCACCCCGGCAGCUACGUGCGGGCGGCCAGCGACAAGCGGCUCCGCAAGAUCUCGGAGCUGAUCGAUAAGAGGACCUGCGAGCUCCUCAACCGCUUCCGGGACUAGCGGCGGAGACCCCGGGCCGCCCGGAGGCCCCCCGGGGGUGGCUCCGUCUAACACCCGGCCCCUCGCCCCCCCGGACCCCGGCCCGUCCCUGUUCCCUCGUUCUCUUCAAUAAAACAGGUCCAGGAUCCGGGA